AUGGCUGGGCUCUGCUACGGGGGGCCGCCUUCCUCUGCGUGCGGCUGCGGAGGGCACCGCGGGGACUCGAGAGGGGCCUCGAGGGUGUGUGUGAGGCCGGCGCUGCGCUAUGGCGCCCCGGGCUCCUCCCUGCGCGUGGCUGCGGCCAGAGCAGCGGGCUCAGGCUGGAGAAGGGCCGCGGCACCCGGGGAACGCAGCCUGGAGGACGAGGACUGGCUUCUCGGAGGCAACAGGACCGGCUCGGCAUCUACAGCUACUGGACGUGGACUUUGGGCGCUGAACCCACGCGUGGCCCGCGCCUCUGUCUCGUGCUGGGCGGCGCCCUCGGCGCCCUGGGGCUGCUGCGGCCCUAGGCCUGGCUGGACUUGGGGACCACAUCUGGCCCCCGGGCAGCACCGUCGCCCAGGAUCCUCCGGCCUGGGCUCCCCCUUCCUCCCUUGCCCACAGUCUUGGAGCCCCAGUGGGUGCAGGAGCUGCUGGCUGUCCCUGUGGACCCGCCAUCCACCGUCCUGCCCACGUCGCCUCGCCAUCCACCGUCCUGCCCACGCCGCCUCGCCAUCCACCGUCCUGCCCACGCCGCCUCAGCCUCCCACCUCCCACUUAGAGGAGACCAUGAGCCCUGCCCCACCCGCUCCAGGAUGUUAG